CCAUUUAUUUUCAAGUCAUUCUACCACCAUCGGGACUGAAGUCGCUCUCUGUGUUUUCAGAAUGUGGGCCCCUCCCUUGAAUAACUGAGUGUCACUUCCUCUCCCCUCCCCUCCUCUCACCCUCAUACGCCGCCACAGACAGUGGUAGAAGUCGACAGAAACGAUCAGACCGUCUGUAGGAGGUGUAGGACCGCUGGCUGUAGAGCUCGGAAAUCCAGGGAAACCUAACUGGCAGUGAACAGCGGAGCGUGGAAACGCAGGGGAAGAUCGGAGCCCGACCGCCGAGCGGAUCCUGCCACCAUGUGCACGGGGAAGUGUGCGCGCUGCAUCGGGGGGGCGCUCAUCCCCCUGGCCAUCAUCUCCAUCCUCUGCAACAUUAUCCUCUUCUUCCCCGACGGGAAGACCAAGUAUGUGACGGAGGAGAAAGAUGGCUACGGCCCCCGCAUCACCCAGGAAGUGAAAUACAUGGGGGGUCUCGUCGGAGGGGGCAUCCUGGUGCUGAUCCCAGCGAUCCACAUCCACAGCACUGGAACCAUGGGGCUGUUCGCCAAUCGCUGUGGGAUGUUCCUGUCCAUCGCGUUGGCCGCCGUCGGGGUGAUUGGCGCCCUCUACAGUCUCACCGUGGCGGUGCUCGGCAUCGUCAAUGGUCCCACCUGUCGUGGACUUAUCCUGUGGGGCACGCCUUUCAAAGACAGGCAGGACAGCUACCUGAACAACAGGAAUCUCUGGAGCUUGUGCAGGGAGCCCAGUAACGUGGUGGAGUUCAACCUGGGGCUCUUCUCCAUCCUCCUGGGGGCCAGCAUCCUAGAGCUGCUGCUCUGCGGCUUCCAGAUGGUCAACGGGCUUUUCGGGUGCCUGUUCGGGACGUGCCUGAGGAAAGGGGUGCUGUGAGGCGCCCCGUAGGCAUCCCUCCUGGCUCUGCGGUGGGACGUACCUCCUCCAUAGCGUCCACUCAGGACCAGAGAAGUUCCCUGGUUUCUUCAGUAAACCUCCACUUAAGGGUGUUACUGGAAUGGAGUUAAUGGCUUUCUGCUUCAGCGGUCUAAUAUCUGCACAGCUUUCUUUGCCAUGAUGUCAUGCUCUCACAUUAGAACUAACUCACCCCCCCAGCAGCAGAAACGAUGCCAUCCAUCCAUCCAUCCAUCCAUCACCAUUCCUCCGCCUCGCUCUCAGCCUAGUGUGAUCUCAUCGUGCGUCAUGGUUGUUUCAUGCAUUGUUUUUGUUUACAGAAUAAAACCAUGUUUUAUCGUUG